AUGAAUUUUCCUGACUCCCCCCCCUCCGCCUGCGAAAACAUCCUACCUUCUGCGACGCAUUUGGAUUCAAACGAAAAAGUACCUUAUGUGGAUGGGCAUCUCGUUAAGAUAGCGGUCAACGAUACAACGCGCACGGAGAUUGUUCAAGUUAUCAUUGUAUGGCUGAUUCAACAGGGUCUUACCGCCUCGGCUCAGCUCCUUCGUGAGGAGGCCACAGCUCAACUUAGGAACAAUCACUAUGAGCGGAAAACCGUACGAGCCUUGUGUCGUUCUGUUGACGAGCGUAACUGGGAUUCGGCACAAAAAAAUAUGAAAAAACUCCAAAAUGGUGUUCAAUCCGGUGGAAUUUUUCAAGCUGAGCAUCCGUCUCAGCUGAACCACCUGAUUAAGACUUUACCAUUUUUGCUUUCUCAACAACAGUACUUGGAACUAGUUGAUGAAGAUGAUGCGCAACGGUCGCUUAGUUUUUUUAUACGCAACAUCAAACCAUUUGAACCCUUGAUAAGCCGCGAGCAUUUCAAGAAACUGAGUUAUCUCUUAUCGUGCAAGACGGUCUCGGAGAGUGCGAACAUCUAUCCAGAGUAUCGUGGAUGGAGACCCGAAAUUGGCCGCUCACAGCUGCAGCAGUUUAUCAUGCGAACAAUGGAUAGCGCGACGAUGAUGCCCUACCUCCGGCAAGGCAACCUCGUCACCAACCGAGACGACAACUCAAUUAAACCACUGCAAGUCAUGCUUGCGCAAUCGCUCUCAUUUGACCUGUUUCGCAAGCAGUACCCCCAUCUUCAAAAAGGGCAUCCUAACAUUAUCACAAGCACCCUUCGCGUUUCCUUUGAUAACCAUCUUCCACCGAACGAACUCUUAAUGCAAAUCGACGUGAAUGCCCUUCUCAAGCAGUACUUCCCCGAUAUAUUGCCCAGGUCUGCGAUGCACUGUCUUGGGGCCUGUCGAACGUUUUUGACCUGUUCUGCGCUGGCCGUCAGUGUAGAGACGAAACGAGGCGGGGCAGUUUUCUGGGUAUCCCUGGAUCACCUCGAGGGCGGUCGAACCAAGAGAGCCCCGUUGAUGGAUCAGCCGUUCCCGGUCUUUCCAAAGCCCGAAUUGACCUCAACCCCUCCCGCGCACGGCGGCUCCCCAACCGGGGAGGGCGGGAUCGCCUUUAUCUAUCAACACCCGCAUCUCAUUCGCGGGAUGUGUGGUCGGGAUGGAAAUCGACUGCUGGUGUGGGGAGGGUGUCGGGUGGCAGUGAUCAACCUGGAGCACUACGUGGGCCAGACGGUCAAAGAGGCUUUGUCAGCCACCACGACGGCCCAUGGCGGUGAGGCCAAUCUCCUACACCAAUCCCUAUCCCCGCAGGCGUCUGUGGAGAAUAUGCUCCUCCACGAUGCAGAAGUCUACGCGAGCUGUUUUUUCACCUGUGGAACCAUCGUCGCGACGGGGCAGUCGGACGGCACGGUGACCUUGUGGGACACCUUGAGCGGGGGCAAAAUGCGCGAGAGCAGCUACGGCUAUGGCACCAUUGUAGCCAUCCUUUCCAGCCGGACCGGCACGACUUAUUACGCCGCCUGCAAAGACGGACCAAUCCUGGUGGUGGACGUCGCCACGGGUGUCCUCAUCAAUACAUUGUUGUCUCCUAUUCUAAAGGAACUGACCGACAUAGCGUUAUCUCCGUCGUCGACGCUAUUGCUUGCGUCUUAUCGAGGUGGUGAGUUGCGUUUGUGGGAUAUUAUUUCCUCUCAACUUUUGCCAUUUUCGUUCAAUGGGAUUGAGAACAACAGCCGAACCUGUCAGCCGGUGGCUUUUUGGAACAGCGAUGAGUACCUAUUUAGUGCAAGUGAUAAUGGCUGUCUAUAUAUGUGGAACUUUCAAAAUAAUGACGAUCUGACCUUGGUGCGUCCGAAUAGAACCUCUGGAAGCAUUGUCCCUCUGCCUAAGAGAGCAUACCCCCUAGCCUCUGAUGCGUUCCCCACCACAGAGAAUAAGCAUGCGAUGGACCCUGGUACUCUAUUUUCAAACUCCUUGUGCUGUACUCCAAGGUUGUCAAAAGGCCUCGUAAAAAGACCUUCACAGAAGCAUUUUCUCCAUCAUGCAUGCAUAACGGAUAUUGAAACCGAAGGGCCCUAUUUGGUUUGUUCAAGCGAAGAUGGAAAGAUUAGCAUUCUUUCAAACUCUAUUAAAAGCACUUGCAAAACUUGA